AUGUGCACCGUCCGACACAUUGAACGGCUGCGAGUGUACUUCACCCCGGACUGCACACGGCGUUAUCCUCAAAGAAUCGGCUCACCGUCGCCACCUGCUCCCGUCCUCAGCAUGGCCGCGCUCCGCCCCGCCCCCCGCGCCGCCAUCGGCGACCGCGGGCCGUCCGCCGUCCGCCGCGGCUCCCGCCGGCCCUCGUACCUCUCCCCGGCGUCCCCGUGCUGGCAGCAGGGAAAUAUCUUGAACCGAAAAUCCAAAUGCACUACCAGAAAGCUACUGACUACUGUUACUGGUGCAAAGGGUGAUGAAUCUGAAUUUGAUAGCGUCAAUGCACCACUUGAGCCCCAAACAUGGGAAGGGAGCUUCUUGUGUGGCUUAUUGAAGAACCAGCCUCAAAUUUUCCUAGUAGCUGCAGCAAAGCAACUUCAGCGACUGUCUAUUCAAAGGAAAGACACACUGACCCGCUGGGAACAUAGUAUCGGUUCUUCCGAGGACUGUCUUCACAGGAGAAUUGCUGAAAUGAAGGACCAGGAGUGCAGGACUGCUAUUGAGGACGUCAUGUACAUGUUGAUUGUUCAUAAAUAUUCCAAGAUUGAGGUUCCGAUGGUUCCGAACCUAUCAAAAAUCAUUAGUAAUAGAAGAUUACACAUAUGGCCACCAAGGGAGGCAGAUCUUGAAUCCAUUCAUGGACCUGAGGUGCUAGGUCAAAUUAAGGAGCACUUGACUAGCAUUAUCAGAUGGGUGCACAGGAAUGGCCCCAAGAUCAAUCGCUCAACACUUCGGGUCAAAAGACUGCAAUUAGGUCGGAUCUAUUCUGCUUCGAUAAUGUAUGGGUACUUCCUCAAAUCUGUCGCUGUAAGGCAUCGCUUGGACCUGACUUAUGCUCGGUCCGAAGAAUUUUUACAGCCAAUUCAGCUUCUCAAUGCUCAACUUGCAACUACCCGUAAAAAGGAACAGCAAGAGGCCUUUGGCGGUUCUGUGGAAACGGUGCCUUCCUCGAAACCACGGUCUGUCGUUGAUCCUCAUGACUUGAAGGGUUACAUGAUGGGCUUUGACCCAAAGACCUUGGAGUUGUGCGCGAAGCUGCGCACAAACGAGGCUUGUAAUCUCAUUGAGAAGCACAGCUGGGCACUCUUUGGAGAAAAGAUGGGCUCCACGGAGAUUGACGAGGCGGUGAUACUUGAUCCGGCAUCCCUCAAAAGGCUGCUGCUUGAAGCCAUUGCAUUUGGUUCCUUCCUUUGGGAUACUGAAGACUAUGUUGAUGAGAUAUACAAGUUGCAGGACAGCUGA